GUUUUAUAUAAAGUGUACAUCUCCUUCGUGGAGGUCGGCGUGGAGAACGUCCAGACGGUGGAUUACUUUAAAGGAGUCGCCUCCUUCCUCAUCGUCAGUGUUGGAGGGACUCUGGUUGGUCUGGUCUUCGCCGUUCUGCUCAGCUUCAUCACUCGUUUCACUAAGAAGGUCCGGAUUAUCGAGCCGCUCUUCGUCUUCCUGCUCGUCUACCUCGCCUACCUCACAGCCGAGCUCUUCUCCCUGUCCGCCAUCCUGUCGUAAAGACGUUCGCGGGAAAUCGGGAGCUACUAAAAACGUUGGAGGCGAACAUCCCCCAGAAGUCCAGAACACCGUGACAAUACACCGAUGAGACUCCUGGCAGACAUCGGGCAGAGACCCAAAUCAUCCAUCUUCCUCGCACGUCCGCGUGACAAAUCAAAGGGCCUGGAACACGGGCCGGUGCCUGCACCCCCUCGCUCUCAUCUUCGUCUUCAGGGCC